CCGAGCUGCGCAUCGCGGAGGAGUUCCUCGUUGGCGGCGACCUGGACAUGGUGCAGCAGCAGCUGGCGGAGCUCAAGGAGUUCAAGAGGGAGCUCUACCAGUGCAAGGUGGACGUGGAGAGUCUGCGGCACCAGGCUGGCCUGGGCAGCGCCGGGCACGGAGAACCCCCAGCGCCGCUCAGCGACUUCCGCCAGCGCUGGGACCGCCUCGAGGAGGAGAUAGUCAGUCGCCAGCACCAGCUGGAGGCGGCUCUCCUGGGCCUGGGGCAGUUCCAGCACCAGCUGGAGGAGCUGCUGCAGUGGCUGUCCCCAAAGAGGCACCGGACAAGCAUGGCCCCACGUGCUUCCUUCGCGGCUGCCUCUCCCGUGCAGCCCUCCUGA